GUUUGAUAUGAUGAUUAGAGCAUAACCAGAGAGACACGUUGAAUUCGCCAUAAUCAAGGAAGCCUUUUCCAGGUGGGGAGCUCUGAAAUUACUCAGUGAGCAACCCUAAUUAACGUGAUUUUUUGCUGAUAAUCACUCUCAAUGGAAUCAAAUCACAAAUCCGGGGAUGGAUUGAUCGGCACCCAGAAGGAAGCAGCGCUCCGUGCACUAGUCCAGCGCACAGGAUAUAGCCUGGUCCAGGAAAAUGGACAAAGAAAAUAUGGUGGCCCUCCACCUGGCUGGGUUGCUGCACCCGGAAAAUGGACAAAGAAAAUAUGGUGGCCCUCCACCUGGCUUUGAUGCUGCACCACCAGAAAGGGGCUGUGAGAUUUUUAUUGGAAAACUUCCCCGAGACCUUUUUGAGGAUGAACUUAUACCAUUAUGUGAAAAAAUUGGUAAAAUUUAUGAAAUGAGGAUGAUGAUGGAUUUUAAUGGCAACAAUAGAGGAUAUGCAUUUGUGACAUUCUCAAAUAAGCAGGAAGCCAAGAAUGCAAUCAAGCAACUUAAUAAUUAUGAAAUUAGAAAUGGACGUCUUUUAGGAGUUUGUGCCAGCGUGGACAACUGCCGGCUGUUUGUGGGGGGGAUACCAAAAACCAAGAAGAGAGAAGAAAUCUUAUCAGAGAUGAAGAAGGUCACCGAAGGAGUGGUUGAUGUCAUCGUCUACCCAAGUGCUGCAGAUAAAACCAAAAACCGGGGCUUUGCCUUUGUGGAGUAUGAGAGUCAUCGGGCGGCUGCCAUGGCUAGGAGGAAACUGCUACCAGGAAGAAUUCAAUUAUGGGGACAUCCUAUUGCAGUGGACUGGGCAGAGCCAGAAGUAGAAGUCGAUGAAGACACAAUGUCUUCAGUGAAAAUCUUAUAUGUAAGAAACCUUAUGCUGUCUACCUCUGAAGAGAUGAUUGAGAAGGAAUUCAACAAUAUAAAACCAGGUGCCGUGGAGAGGGUGAAAAAAAUCAGAGACUAUGCUUUCGUGCACUUCAGUAAUCGGGAAGAUGCCGUUGAGGCUAUGAAAGCUUUAAAUGGGAAGAUGCUGGAUGGUUCCCCCAUUGAAGUGACCCUUGCCAAACCAGUGGACAAGGACAGCUACGUUAGGUACACCCGCGGCACAGGUGGAAGGGGCACUGUGCUGCAAGGAGAGUAUACCUACUCUUUGGGCCAUGUUUAUGAUCCUACCACAACCUACCUUGGAGCUCCCAUCUUUUAUGCUCCCCAGGCCUAUGCAGCGAUUCCCAGUCUUCAUUUCCCAGCCACCAAAGGACACCUCAGCAACAGGGCCAUUCUCAGAGCCCCUUCGGUGAGAGAAAUUUACAUGAAUGUACCUGUAGGGGCUGCGGGAGUGAGAGGACUGGGCGGCCGUGGCUAUUUGGCAUACACAGGCCUGGGUCGAGGAUACCAGGUCAAAGGAGACAAGAGAGAAGAAAAACUCUAUGACAUUUUACCUGGGAUGGAGCUUACCCCAAUGAAUCCUGUCACGUUAAAACCCCAAGGAGUUAAACUUGCUCCCCAGAUUUUAGAAGAGAUUUGUCAGAAAAAUAACUGGGGACAGCCAGUUUACCAGCUACAUUCUGCCAUUGGACAAGACCAAAGACAACUAUUCUUAUACAAAAUAACCAUCCCCGCUCUGGCCAGCCAGAACCCUGCAAUCCACGCGUUCACGCCUCCAAAGCUAAGUGCCUACGUGGAUGAAGCAAAGACAUAUGCAGCCGAAUACACCCUGCAGACCUUGGGCAUCCCCACUGACGGAGGUGAUGCUGGGCCUGCAGCUGCUGCAGCCGCAUCUGCUACUGCCUUCCCAGGAUAUGCUGUCCCUAAUGCCACCACACCUGUGUCUGCAGCCCAGCUCAAACAAGCAGUGACUCUUGGACAAGACUUAGCAGCAUAUGCGGCCUAUGAGGUCUACCCCACCUUUGCAGUGACUGCCCGCGGGGAUGGAUAUGGCGCCUUCUGAAGAUAUUUUUAACUUAAGACUAAGACACACAAAACCACAUAGGAGAAAUAAACCUCUCAGUCCUCUAGUGCUCAUAAGUAAUACCUUUCCUAAAGCAAUGCCUUUCUGGAGACUGUAUUGCUUACACUAAUUGCAGAAUCAUGAAAUGAGAACAGCAUUCUUAAAUGAAAUCAAAUACUAAGGAGUCCUUCCUUUAACACAAAGCUGAAGAGCUAUUGCCCCAAGAGUUGUUCUUCCAAGGUUCCUGAGUGUCCUGGGAGUAUGUUUACAAACCAUGAUGGAUCAAGUGGAGAGAGAUCUUUUAGCCAGCAAGAGUUGGGGUGAGCAGACCUGGACAGUCAAUGACAGGUAAAAGUAGCAAGGAAACCCCAGAGCCUUAACGCCUGGCUCACAGCUGUUUCUGCAUCACACAAAGUCACAGGUGCAGAAGGAAGUAGGAGAAAUGAGCUCACCAUUGUCCACUAUGUGGGGCAUGAUCUGAGCUCAUGAAAGACUGUCUAAGAUUUUAUGUAUUCAGCAUCACUUCAGUCUGAAAAUUCCAUCCAAUCAAUUUGCCAUAGAUCAGGAUCUUCCUGUCCCCUGCAACCUCUGGGGACUUCCUAGAAAUUUAUAUUGUAUGUUGCAGAUAUGGUUGCAACAAAUCCAGGCCAUGUUAUCUAUUCAGCUCAUUAGUUCCCUACAAACCCUUCUCAAGGAUCCCUAUAACUCAAUGCCAAUAUGAGAUAACUUUCUCAUUUUCAAUAUUUAGUGUCCACUUUGAUUUAUUUUCAUCUCAGACUCCUUUGGCUAUGCUCUAAUAUCAUUUAAAAAAAAAAGUAUAUCAGAUCUAUAGAGUAUCACUUGGAAUAUUUUUUCCUGUUCAGUAAAUUGACUGGAAAGUAUUUCAAAGAAAAGGAAAGAUUUGUUCUCAGUUUUUAGAAUCUUUUUGCAGCACCCAGGUCAUCAUCCAACAUUUGGAGACAGUUAUAUUAACUUAGGGUUAACCUUAGAUUACCUAACCCACUUACAUUAAAUCUGCCAGGAAGUCCUCUCCCUUUCUUUCUUUUUACUUUCACUAAGUAUUAGACAGUUUCACCAUACUUGAGUCCUUCCGCCUUGAAACUAUCAUGGGAAAGCUUACGUGCCUCAUGCUGUUAGAAACUGUUUCUUCAGACACUCAACAAGGGUGUCAUUUGCCAAAAUCCCCUUGAUUCUUGGGGAUCAAGGGACAUCUGACUUGGGGUGGGGGGGAAGUAGGUGUUAUAGAACUCAGAACAGAGGGGAGGAAAAAGCAUCACUUUCUUGCUGUAUUUGUAAAUGAGUGCUUUGCUCAAAACAGAAAUAACCAAAGUCAACACCAAAUACUCAUUACCACUUCUUCAGUCACAUUAGUGGUAUGAAAUAUA